AAAGAAAGUAACCCGGUCAGCUCCACCCCACUUGGACCAUCAUUCGCAACUUUUUUUGGCAUUUUUGCCCGUAGCACUCUCGUCAACAUGGUAAGCUGUUAAUGCCCCUUCUAUCGCCUCUCUGUCAGGUUCCUCAUUUUCUCCAUCUUGCUCAGCACCCAACUCCCAGUAUGUAGAGAGCAAGAAGUCCUAUCUCCUGAUUAGUUUGGCCAUAGCCACCAUGGCGAUGUUUCGAUCUACGCUUCUUCUCCUCCCGCUUCUGCUCUUGCUCGUUAACUCCUGCGCAUCACAUGGAUCCCAAGCUCAUAAUCAUCGCGUUGUUAAGUUUGGUGGCCACCACUUUCCAAUCGGACAGGGGUUGAAAGCAUCCUUGAGCGACAAUGCGGGCCCUUGGGAUGGAUUUAAACUGCUCUUGGACGCGAAGCUGGGCGAGGUGCGGGCCGGCAUGGCGAAUCUCAAGAUGUAUUUGCUCCAGUUUGGCUACAUCUCUAGCGCCGACGCGCCUCCCGCAGGAUCAUCAUUUUCUGAGGAGUUUGACAGCAUCACGCAGAAGGCUAUUCAAAACUACCAGCGCAGCUUCGGCCUACCAGUCACGGGGAACCUGGACCUCGCCACGCUCACGCAAAUGAUUAUCCCCCGCUGCGGCCGCGAGGAUGUCAUCAAUGGCACACUCCUCAUGUUGCAGAAUGGAUUUGAUAGUGUUCCCGGAACUCAACACCUCGGAGUCCAGCACUGGUCGUCCUUUCCGGGUGGCCGGCGGUGGACAAAGAAGAAUCUCACAUACGCCAUCAACCUAUCAACCAUUAGCUCCGGCGUGAGCGUCGUCGACACGCAGAACACCAUCGAUAAGGCGUUCGCGACAUGGCAGGCCGCCAUCACGCUCAAUUUUACUCGCAUCAUGAAUAUUGAAACGGCCGACAUAAGGAUAAGCUUCGACGCGCUCGAUCACGGAGAUGGGAAUGCUUUCGAUGGACCAUUGGGAGUGCUGGCUCACGCGUUCGCGCCCACGGACGGGAGGCUCCACUUCGACAUGGAGGAGUAUUGGACAAUCGACGUAAAGACCGCCACAUCUAGCGGGUCGUUUGAUCUGUUGUCUGUUGCGAUCCACGAGAUUGGCCACAUUCUGGGCCUGGAGCAUUCUAAUUUCCAGGACGCGAUCAUGUAUCCUAGUAUAUCCCCGCUGGUGGCCAAGCAGAGUCUGCAUGCGGAUGAUGUGGCGGGUGUCCAGGCUCUCUAUGAAGCGGAUCCGAAGUAUACUGGAUCACCGGUCACGGAAGGGCUGGGUAGCCAGAGUGGGGCGGUGGCGUCGUGGGACCGGAUGAGGACGUCGGAGGGGAUGGUUCUGGUUGUAUGCAUGUUUAUGAGUCUCCUGGUUGGGCGAUCCUUGCUGCCAGUGAUAUGGUAGAACGGUAAAUUUGGCUUGCUAUGCAUGUUGUGGUGAUCGUUCUAGGCGCAGCGCAGCUGGGUGGUGUCGCAGUGGGUUAGCGGAUGGAUUUGCUCCGAGGGUUGUGAUGGUCCUAUGCCGACAGUUUAAUGAUCAGGUGUGAAGGAGCGUUGAGGUGUUACUCUUUCGGGUAGGAUUGAAAACGAACUGUGCAGCUCAUUUGUUUGUGCCGUUGUGACUAUUGUCGAGGAGGCUGUCUUUCAGUUUUAGAGCAAAGAUUCAACUAUCGAAAAUCUGUCACGUUGAGAGAAGUAGCCGUAACGAGUCUUCAAUACUCGGGUCUCUAUCAAAGUGAGCUCUCUCUUUUGGUUCGCCCUACCCGGCCCUCGAGAAAUUCGUAGUCCGAUGAUUAGGAACAAUUCAAAUGUUUGUUCUUUGUAUACUAGAGAACGUGGAUUCAGAAAUGUAAGUGACGGAGAAAUAAGCAACGAGCAUCGCUCUAUAAAUUUUCACA